AUGCGCAUGAUAACCUCAUGUCUCGAGUGUCGACGCCGGAAGCUCAAGUGCAACAAGAAGUCGCCAUGCGAGAAUUGCGUCAAGUUUUCCCGCGAAUGCGUUUUCCUCUCUUCCAAGUUGGACGAAGCAAGCCAGAUACGACUUACUGAAAUUAAAGAGAAAGUUGGCUCUCUCGAACGCGCACUGGAGAGAGAUAUCGCCAAACCGGGCUCAUCUUCACGCGUGCCCAGCCAGCAGAGGUUGGUUGUGGACGAUAUUGAAUACGAUUUCGCUGAUGACUUGGAUCCUUGGCCUUCUUUCUUCGUCAGUGUUGAUAAAGAACAUGCUCAAGACGCUCUGGAAGGGAUCGAGGAUGUCCUUGAUUUGGGAGUCCAGGUCGGGCGGAUGCGAAUCACUGAUCACAUGGGUGGCCUUCCUAGACCGCAGCUGAGUGAGGAGUUACUAGCGGCCAUUGGCUCCUCUGUGCCGUCGGCACAGAGUGCGGACACCUCCGUACCGACGGCCGGCUUGACCAACUGGGCACCGGGACCCACUCCGGACGGCUCAGUUCCUGAUUUUAUGCGUCCAGGACCGACUUACAUAGCUCCCUCAAGCGGGUUCGCCUUCGGACAGGCAGCACAUCCUUCGACUCCCUUGGACAUGCUUCUCCCUCCAAGAACUACUUGCGACCAGCUUAUGGAGCAGUACUUUCGAGCCGUCCAUCCAGUCGCCCGCUGUCUUCACAAGCCGUCCUUUCGCGAGGACUACCAAGCAUUUUGGGAUGACGUAUGCUCUAGCGCGGCACCGAAGACAUCCCUUCAGGCCGUCAUGUUUUCUGUCAUGUUUAGUGCAGCUGUCAGCCUAGGUGAGAAAGAAGCAGUCGAACGCUUUGGCCGAGAUAAAAGGGUUCUCGUAGGAAACCUUCAGAUUGGGGCCGAGGCAGCCCUUUGCAAAGCAUCGUUUCUCAGGACGACGAGAACGGAAACCGUCCAGGCCCUCGUGAUAUACCUGCUCCCGCUCUGCCGAGCUGAGGUUUCUCGAGCUCAUUCUUCGUUGGUCGGAGCUGCGAUAAGACUGGCCGAGUCGAUUGGUCUUCAUAGAGAUGGUGAAAGUUAUGGGUUAAACCCCGUCGAUACCCACGUCCGCCGCCUGAUCUGGCACCAAUUGUGCUUUCUCGAUAUUCGGGCAGCCGAGGCCCACGGCCCUCGACCAUUUAUUCGACGCGACGAGUACGAUGUGAAACUUCCGGUGAAUUGCGAAGAAAGCGCCAUCCGCGUGAAUGGGCCAUCACCGGUCGCCGAGGAACAGUGGACGCCGAUUCUCCUGUCGUUGAUUCGAUUUGAAAUCAACGAAAUGAUGCGAGUGGUUUGGCAUGACAGGCGCAAAUUGGAGAGCAAGAAGAUGCUGUUGACAGAAUUGCUUUCCAAGACGGAGGAUUUUAGAAAGCGCAUGAUUGUCAAGUACGAGGGUAUGCUGAGCGAUGAGGACCCCAUUCAGAGGUACACUAAAUUGGUGAUGCAUCUACUGCUCUAUCGACUGUACGCAAUGGUUCUCCACCGAUACUAUCGUACCUGGGACUCACAGCUUCCUCAACAACUGAGCAACGUCUUGCUCAUGGCAGGUAUCAUGAUUGUCGAAAUAGCCAUCCAGAUCGAGAACGAUAGGUUAUUCAGAGACUGGGUGUGGUAUUUUGGCGCAUACGUCCAAUAUCAGGUCGCCCUCCUUCUUGCCACCGAGGCAUUCUCCGCCCCAAACGGUCGCGACUCGGCAAGGAUAUGGGCAUGCCUUGACUACGUGUUUAGCCUCGACCGCCACAUGCCGUCGGAGCUCAAGACCUUGCAUAUUCUGAACGAAAUCCAGACCAAGAGUGCUGUCUAUAAUAGCAUUCGGGGUAUCAGAUCGCCAAGACUAACCAAGGCCACGUCUCCCGCGUCGGGUCUGGAUGCGGAAUCGAUUGGGUACGGGAGAGAAAGCAUUAGUCCAGAGCGUCUCUCCAUACUGGGGGACGAGCAGCAGCAACAGCAACAGCAUCUACAGUCAUAUUAUCAGCCGCAGGCACCCACCUCGUCCCAGUCAGAUACUGCCUUGUUAGCAGGCUCCCUCAACCUCGUUCAGCCCCCAGGCCAGUCUUCUAGGGGGUUGAUAACCGUGGCCAUCACCCACAUCUCGCGGGUAUGA